GUUGGUUCCUCAUCAACUAGGAAAUCUCUCAAGGCUACUUUAUCUUGAUUUAGGAUACAAUAAUGAACUAUUCAUGGAUGAUCUAAGUUGGAUUUCUGGCCUUCAUUCUUUGAAGUAUCUUGACAUGAGUGGAGUCGAUCUUAGCAAGACAGUCAAUUGGCUUCAAGAAAUGAAUAAGCUUCCUUCUCUUUCAUAUCUGUACUUGUCCUCUUGUGGACUUGAAAGUAUGUACCCAUCCCUCAGUUAUAUCAAUUUCACAUCUCUUACUUGCCUUGGUCUUUCCGAGAACCUUUUCAAGCAUGAAGUACCUAAUUGGUUGGGCAAUCUCAGUACUAACCUCAGAGAUCUCCAGCCACCAAAAAAUGCUUUACAAGGUCAAAUACCAGUUGCCUUGUCGAAUAUUCACAGCUUGAGGUAUCUAGAUCUGAAUAACAAUCAACUUACUAGGCAAAUCACAGAGUCACUGGGGCAACUUCAACACCUACAAGAACUUGUGCUUUCAAGUAACUCGUUUUAUGGUCCUAUUCCUGCAUCUCUCGGUAACCUAUCGUCUCUGACUGUGUUAUUUCUUCCUUUUAAUAAAUUGAGCGGCAGUCUUCCAAAUAAUUGGGGCUUCUCUCAAAUUUAG